AUGGCCCCACGCACCCGUGCUGGGACUGCACCCUCUGGGGGAGCCUCCACGUCGUCCCCUAGAGCGCGUACACCUCUACCCCGGCAGGAAUCUGAGAUUCCUGAACCCGCCGCUCACCUUGGCAUGGGCCCUCCAGCCGCCCUGCCACCGCCGCGGCCCCUACACUCCUAUGUCUACCAUGGAGAUAAAGGGAUCAAGGUUGGAGAUCCGCCGAAUUACAAGGGCAAGACGCUGUCUGAAUUCCACAGCUUCACGAGAGCCCUUGAACGGAAAUUCCGCCUUAACCUGAGCCAGUUUAAUACUCAUGAGGUACGAGUCAUAUACGCCGCGAGCCUCCUCGAAGGCACCACUGCAACUACAUGGGCGACCAAGGAAAGGGAGCUUGAGCGUAGCAAUGCUGCCAUGACAUGGGAAGAAUUCAAGAACUUCCUUCUGGACCAGAUUGAAGACCACCGUAACCGCGCCUUCACAGCGGCGCAGCGGUUCAACUCACUACGUCAACGAGACGACGAGAAUCCUUCCGAUUUCAAUGCAAGAUUCGAAGAAUAUUGGGAGGAACUGUCUGACGAUUUGAAUCUAUUGAAAACGCAGCUUUACCUCGCGAAGCUGACUCAUAAGGUGCGGACGACGAUAUCGCAAUAUCAAAGUCCGCCCACCAAUCGCACCGAGCUUGUCAACCUGGCUUCUCGAAUCUAUUUGAAUAAUCAACACCAUGAGAAGAAGGGGGACAAGACUCCCUCAAAGCAACCGACAACAGGAUCAAAACGGCGCCAUGACGGCUCCGACUGGAUAACAACCUUUGUUUUAACUGCGGAAUCUCAGGCCAUUUUGCCAGUGAUUGCCGGUUGGAAAAAGAUAGGUCCGCCGGGCCACGCAAAGUUUACAGAUGGAACAAAAUGCCACCGAUUCGGCAUCAUUCAAACAAAGUGUGAGGCCACGGACUCUGAAGGAACCUCCAAGGGGAGCAGUCUGCUCCUCCACGCUGUCAACAUCAUAGAUGAGGACGUCAUCCUAGGUCUCCCGUGGUUGAGAGAAAACAAUCCUCUCAUCGACUGGGUCACUCAGGCGUGGCGGUACCGCCUCACCGACGAAGAGGCAGCUAUAGAGGAACCCGAAGAGUUCCAUCGGAAGAAUCUCGAGGAUAAGAUUGAGUCGAUAUACUGUGUAGCAGGUGACUUGGACUUGGAGGCAGGCGGAGAAGCCGCCACCCUCACUGCCAGAUUAGCAGUGAUGUCUGCCACUGAAGGCGGACGAACGCAACGUCUCUUCACAGAUUACAAGGACGUUUUUUCAGAAAAGGAAGCAGCGAAGUUUCCUGAUACCAAAGUGCGACAUAAGAUCCAUCUUGAAGAGGGCGCGACAGCGCCGUACGGACCCCUUUACAAUUUGUCAGUAAAGGAAUGGACCAGCGGGGGCACUAUACUAUUCGUGCCCAAGAAGGACGGUAGGCUGCGCCUCUGCGUAGACUACAGGGGCCUCAAUAAGGUGACGGUUAAGGAUCGCUAUCCACUACCAUUAAUUGAUGAGAUGAUCGAUCGAUUAUCCGGAGCAAGGGUGUUCUCGAAGAUUGGCAUACGGGACGCCUAUCAUAGAAUAAGGGUUAACGAAAACGACAUUUGGAAGACAGCUUUUCGUACCAAGUACGGCAAUUUUGAAUAUCUCGUUUUGCCUUUUGGUCUUUGCAACGCUCCGGCCACCUUCCAGGCCUACAUAAAUGAGGCGCUGCGGGGCCUUGUCGAUGUCUCCUGCAUAGUAUACUUGGACGACAUCCUAAUCUUCUCGAAAACGGAAAAAGAACAUGAUACCCACGUUCGGGAGGUGUUGGAUCGCUUGAAGCAACACCAGCUCUAUGCGAACACUGAGAAAUGCUCGUUCUACACACAGGAGAUUGAUUUCUUAGGUUAUAUUGUUGGGGUUGAUGGCAUUUCAAUGGACAGGAGCCGGGUCUCCGCCAUCGAGGACUGGCCGGCGCCGCGCACGUACCGCGAGGUGCAGGUAUUCCUAGGGUUCGCGAAUUUCUAUAGACGGUUCAUCUAUGCGUAUUCGCGGAUUGCUGCCCCCCUUACAGAUUUGUUAAAGGGAAGUGUUAAAGGCAGGAAAACGGGACCGUUUAUCCUUACCCAAGACGCUGUGAGGGCGUUUGAAGAAUUGAAGCAAGCUUUUGCAGAUGCCACGAUGUUAAAUCACUUCGACCCCGGCCUACCCAGUCAGUGUGAAACUGAUGCAUCUGGGAAUGGUGUCUGCGGAAUUUUUUCGCAGUUGACACCGGAGACUUUCCAACGUUGGAAGGAUCGGGGGUUAAUAACCUCUGGAGAUACAGGCAAUGGAAUGCCUGUAGGAGAAGGCUUUUUCACAGAACCUACAAGGCGCCGUGAAUGGAGACCAGUGGCCUUCUUCUCCAAGAAGCUAUCGCUCACGCAAAGAAGGUAUGAUACUCAUGAUCAAGAGAUGUUGGCAAUAGUUGAAUCCUUUAAGAUUUGGCGACACUACCUUCAAGGUUGCAAGUAUCCGGUGCAAGUUCUCACCGACCAUGCAAAUUUGCGUUACUUCUUGACAACAAAGAGCUUGACAGGACGUCAAGCCAGGUGGGCGGAGCUGCUUUCGGAGUAUGAUUUCUUUAUCCGAUACCGUCCAGGUCGGCUUAACCCCGCCGAUGCGCCAUCAAGGCGACCCGAUUAUGAUAUCGUUGAUGGGGAUGAGGAUCCUACAAAGGGACCUCUACCAUCACUGCAGAAGAAACUGGCUGCAGGGGGUUGGGGUUCUCUAAAGCUUGGGAACGGCGCCGGUAAGGCAGCUGCGCGACCCUAUACAGGUGGAGGAGAACUCGGGUCCCCGCAGGGGACUGGCACUGAAGGUCAUGAACUUCUCGUGCCACGUUUUGCUGCCAUUGAAUUGGCGGAAGACGAAACGGUCUACAACCUUCCAACCCAACGGCUUCUAGAAUUCAUUGGUGAGUUGCAGCAGGGGGACGCCCUUACUGCGGCUCGAAUCCAGAAGUUGAAGGAGGAAGGAUCCGGGUCGAACUUGGAAGGGGCAAGCCCUGAGCGGGGCGGUGCCGCCGAGGAACCAAGUCGCUGGCAACUAGGGGAAUGUGGACUCCUACUGCUAAAUGGUUCAGUCUUUGUCCCUCGUAGCAGGGCGGUGCGCCAGGAGUUAUUGAGGAUUCAUCACGAUGAUCCCCAUGCUGGGCACUUCGGAUUAGAGAAGACUGAAGAGCUCCUGAGACGUAAGUACGUUUGGGACAAGCUUCGGACAGAUGUCAAGGAGUAUGUUGAAACUUGUGAUGUCUGCCAGAGGAUAAAGGUUCCGCGGCACAAGCAAUAUGGCGAGUUGGCGCCACUGCCUGUUCCAAAGGGCCCAUGGCAGGAUCUAUCGAUGGAUUUCAUAGUUGACCUGCCGAAGUCGACAAGAGUCAAAGGAUAUGACUCAAUUCUAGUUAUUGUCGACCGCUUUACGAAGAUGGCCAAAUAUAUCCCUACCCACAAGAAGGUUAAAGCCCCUGAAUUGGCUAACCUGUUUCUAGAUGCCAUCAUUCGUGAUCACGGUUCUCCGAAAUCGUUAGUGUCAGACCGAGGAUCCCUUUUCACCAGUAAAUACUGGUCGGCCUUUUGCUAUCACCUUACGAUAAGGCGCCUCCUCAGCACCGCGUUCCAUCCUCAGACAGAUGGCCAGACUGAACGUCAGAAUCAGACAUUAGAACACCAUCUUCGGGCGUUCUGUUCAUAUCAUCAGAAUGACUGGCCUAGACACCUUCCGACCGCCGAAUUCGCAUAUAACAAUGCAAAGAAUGCAACCUUAAAAGUGUCCCCCUUUUAUGCUUGUUAUGGGUAUAAUCCUUCAUUACCUAGUGACGUCGCGGACGACGUCCUAAAGGGGGGGAUAGACAGUCGGAAUGUCGAACGGGAUCGUGGGACAGAGUACCCCUCGGUGCCAGAAGUAAAAGCUAGAUUGGAGCUUCUGGAUAGAAUCCACGGGGAGGCGGCGAAAAGCAUCCGCCGCGCCCAGGAGCGACAGGCGGAAUACUAUAAUCGAAAACACCUUCCAAUGAAGUUCUCAAUAGGGGAUCAAGUGUUACUUUCAGCAAAGAACAUCAAGACGACGAGACCGUGCAAGAAGCUCAGUGAGCGAUGGUUGGGACCUUUCCCGAUAAUAAGGGUAGUGGGUAAGCAGGCAUAUGAGUUGAAACUAACCUCAGGAUUCAAAUCUAUCCAUCCUGUCUUCCACAUUUCCUAUUUGGAACCCUAUAAGCAACGACCCGGGGCGGAGCCGCCUCGGCCGGAUGGCGUCGAGAUUGAGGGUAAUACCGAAUAUCUUGUAGAAGGAAUAUUGGACAAACGAAUGCACUACAACAAAGUUCAAUACCUUGUCAAAUGGGAAGGUUAUCCAUCAUCCGAGAACUCAUGGGAACCGCUUGAGCAUUUAGAGAAUGCCGAGGAAGAGAUCGCAAAAUAUGAGGUGGCUAGUAGAGACCGCCCCGCUGCACGUCGGAGGUGUGGUUAG